UCUUCCUCCUGCUUUCUCUUCGGAGCUUCUUCUUCUUUAUCAGACAUCAUCACCCAAUCGUAACUUGAAUCUUCGAAUUUCUCAAAGCUCAAGCUCUUGUAUAUACAUACGAUUCAGGAUCUCAUUCACUUGUUUCAAUGGAGAAAGGGAUGGAAGAUAAAGAAGAAUUUGAUGAGGCAGAGAUUGAGUACAUGAGUUACUCUGGUGAGCAUCAUCUGCCAUUGAUUAUGUCUCUUGUUGACCAAGAACUUAGUGAACCUUACUCCAUCUUUACUUACCGCUACUUCGUCUACCUCUGGCCGCAGCUCUGCUUCCUGGCCUUUCACAAAGGUAAAUGCAUAGGAACCGUAGUCUGUAAGAUGGGAGAUCAUCGACAAACUUUCAGAGGAUACAUCGCCAUGUUGGUCGUGAUUAAACCAUAUCGUGGCCGAGGCAUAGCCUCAGAGCUUGUCACAAGAUCGAUAAAAGCAAUGAUGGAAUCAGGCUGUGAAGAGGUAACUCUGGAGGCAGAAGUGAGUAACAAAGGAGCAUUGGCACUCUAUGGGCGCCUCGGGUUCAUAAGAGCCAAACGGCUAUACCACUAUUACUUAAAUGGGAUGGAUGCUUUUCGCCUGAAGCUCUUGUUCCCCAAGCCUCGUGUACCUCAAAUACCUCCUCAAGCUCAUACCCCGAUCGUGUUCCCUACGCCUCAUGUACCUUAAAUAGCUUGUCAAGAUCAAACCCAACAAGAGUAAGAGAAUUUUACUGGAUGAACCAGUCACUUCCAUUUCAUCUGAGGUCGAGAGAAUCUUUUAGGCCAUCAACAAAGGUGUGUUUCUUCUAUGUAAUUCAAAAUCCUGAACAUGAUAAGACAAUGUUCUAUUUCGUAUUUAGAAAUAUUAGAGGGGUUUCUAGUCCCAUGUUGAUGAAGUAUUCUCGACUGGAUUGAAGGUCUUAGUCCAACCAGUUAAGUUUAGUGGAACAUUUCAUCGGUCUUCUGUGUCGUGCAGAAACAAUUUAUCAUGUUCAGGUCUCUCAAAACUUGGCUGAUGAUUGGAAACAAACAUAUGAAUGUCUGUUACAAAUU